CGGACCCACAUGGAACAGAGGCCUGGGGAGCAGCCCUCAAGGGCCCAGAAGAAGAAGGUCGAGGCUCAGCCGGAGACCCUGAAUCAGACUGUCUCCGGCCGUGGUCGGGUGCUGCUAAUAAGAGAGUUCUUGAAGCAGGAAGAGAGCUACACGACCCUGCAGAACUUUCCGGGUCAGCCUCCGAAGGAUCCGAACGCUGAGCCCACCUGCAGCCAAGCAACAGACUGCCAACGUAGGUCCAGCAGUGCCAGGCGGGGACUCAAGCGUACCGGCGACUGCUUGGCAGACAGCCCUGAAGCCCCAGCCACCAAGUCCAAGUGCCUGGCGGAGAAGUCGGAGAGGCCGGAGAGGCCGGAGAACCUGGAGAAGCAGCAACUCUUGGAUCUCAAGGAAAAGGACUUGCCCGACUUCGAGGAGCCUCGAGCUCUAUCCGAGGUCCCCAGCUCGGAGACGGCAGAGAUCGCCGAACUAGGCUCGGAGCCUGGCAAGCAGCUGCUCCUGGUGCUUUGCCACGCGUCGGCGCUGGGCACGCAGCUGCCGCGGCUGCAGCUGCUCCUGCAGCAGGUGCGCGUCCAGGACCGCCGCCCGCCAGCCGCGCUCGUCGGAAUCCUAGUGCAUCCACGGCCAGAUGAGGAGGCAGAGUCGCGCCGCCGUCUGGAGGAACUGCUCUGCAGCGUCUUCGCUUCAGAGAACCCAGGGGUCGAGGUGCACACAGCAGUGUUCUGUCCCAGCCGCUCCCAGGGUGUCCUGGAUGUCCAGCGCGCUGCCAGUCAAGCGCACAUGGACACCCUAGUGGAUCGCCAGACCCAGACGGAUGAAAACCUUCAAGGAAACACUGUACUCCCCGUAACUCACGUACUUCAAGCUCUCGGAACUGUUGCUGUGGCUCUGGGGGCCCUAGGAGCUGCCUACUUCAUCGCUGAAUCCUUCUGAACUGGACCCCAGGCCAACGGUCCGGCAGUCAGGUAGACUCAUCGUCAACAGAAAUCUCAGCAGAUACCCCUGGAAGAGGCAGAUAUGACAAGGAAAGGAGAUGGACAGCACUGGUUCCAGGGGCCUCUGCAGGCAGCUGGAGUCAGACUUUGCUGGUGCCACCCUGGAAGAUGGCACUAGACACCACCAGAGUAAUCCCACCCAAGAGCAAACUAAGCAGUGAACAGCCACUCCUGUCUACCAUUGAUGGAGGCCUACUAGGAGAGAAAGGCUGUACUUCUGUCCUCCUCUGGAGAGGAAACCUGUAGACAGAGAAGAGUAGAUGUCAGAGAAAGCUGUGCCUAACUAUUGUGGGGCAGGAGAAGGUGGGCUAAGAACUUGCUGUUUCUCUAAGAGUUGCCCAAGGGGAAAUCUAGCCAGACUGCCCCAAUGAGUCAGGGGACUGAUCUUCCUGUAGCAGUAGAUAGAAGUGGAUGGGAUAGGCCAGGCUGGUUAGUUACUGGGAUCCCCAGAACUCUGGAAUCUUUGUUUAAGGUGAUCCCAGCAAACACCACUAGCUAAAGGAAAUGUCCAGGGAACAGAGGUGGCCAGCACUGGGAUUCCCUCCUUGAGCCGAUAAAGCCUUCUCUGAAAAGUCAGGCUCUUGAAGAAUGCAUAACAAGAGACACAGGAGGGUUGUGCUUCCGCCCUGUGCUACGGUUGGAGAUGAAGCAGCCACAGAUAUCAGAAACCUAGUGGCCACUGUUUUGGCAAGGCCUGACUCCUAUGACUGAAGAUGAACUCCUCUCCCUGGUGUAUUAAUUAGACCCCCUUUAUUGUAAAUAACUUGGCAAAACCUUGACCCUGGUUAGACACAGCCCUCUGCCCCGCACACAGGCCGUGCAGGCUUAUGCAGACACACUUGGAGCUGCUUACCCACACAAGCCAGACUCACGUUAGUUCCUCUCUCACUCUGUUCAUUUUCUUGAUCUCUCUCAGUGCCUCAUGUAUCCCAGGCUGGCCAUGUCUCCCAGGAUGGUCUCAUGUAUCUCAAAUUCCCUAUGUAGGAGGAGAAGAAAUUCUCUGAGAAGACCUUGAACCCUCCUGCCUCCACAUCACAUGUGCUAGAAUUACAGGCAUAAACCACCAUGCACAGUUUACGCUGUACUGAGGAUCAAACCCAGGGCCUUGUGCAUUCUAGACAAUCAUGUGAGCAACUGAGAUGCAUCUCUAGUCCCAGACUUACUCUAAAUACCUGACCACGGACUCUGGGUGGGACUGUGAGCCGCUAGGCUCAAAUCACCUUAUAUUCCUCAAUCACUUAUCUGUUGUCCUCAAACCUCCUCCACCUCCUUCCCCCUAUUUCUAAGACUCUGCCCACAGUGCCUGUUACCCUGUCCCUGAGGCACUGACCGAUGGGACCAUGCUGACCACAUAUAUGUUCUAGGAACCAAAGUAAAUGGACUCAACUAUCAUGGAUUCUUUUGGCUGGCUGCUUUUAUUCAACACAAUGUUUUGAAUUUAUAUUUUGGUCCUAUAUAUAGCAAUUGUUCUCUUUUUAUUUCUAAGUGUGCCUCCACUCAUCUGCUACUGAUAAAGUGCUAUUUACAGGUAGGGUUCAUAAAUGAAGCUAA